UGGGAUGAACCAUGACGGGAUGGGGAAUGCCUGCGGGCCCCGCAGCCAGGAGACCGCCAAGCUGAUGGCCGACCACAUCACCAUGAAGACAAACCCAUUCAUCUGGUCUGCCUGUAGCCGGGACUACAUCACCAGCUUCCUGGACUCAGGUAUGGGCUCUUGUCUGAACAACGUCCCCCCGAAGCAGGAGUUCGUGUACCCCACCACAGCACCGGGUCAGGCCUACGACGCAGACGAACAGUGCCGCUUCCAGUACGGAGUCAGAUCUCGUCAAUGUAAAUAUGCGGAAGUCUGCAGUGAACUUUGGUGCAUGAGCAAGAGCAACCGUUGUAUCACCAGCAGCAUCCCCGCUGCAGAGGGAACCAUCUGUCAGACCAACACCAUCGAGAAAGGGUGGUGCUACAAAAGGGUGUGUGUGCUGUACGGGACUCGUCCGGAGGGCGUGAAUGGGGGCUGGGGUCUGUGGUCGCCCUGGGAGGAGUGCAGUAGGACGUGUGGAGGAGGGGUCUCCUCGUCCAUCAGACACUGUGACAGCCCCAGGCCAACUAUUGGUGGAAAGUAUUGUCUGGGGGAGAGAAAGCGCUUCAGGUCCUGCAAUAUUGAUGAAUGCCCUGCAGGCUCUCUGGAUUUCCGGGUUAUUCAGUGCGCAGAUUUUGACAGUGUUCCUUUCCGGGGAAAGUUUUACACCUGGAAGCCAUACAGAGGGGGUGGGGUGAAACCCUGUUCUCUCAACUGUCUGGCAGAAGGAUACAACUUCUACACGGAGCGUGCUCCAGCCGUGGUGGACGGCACGCCUUGCCGAGACGACUCUUUGGAUGUGUGUGUAAAUGGAGAGUGUAAGCACGUAGGCUGUGAUCGAGUCCUCGGCUCGGACGUGCGCGAGGAUCGCUGCCGGAUCUGCGGAGGGGACGGCAGCAGCUGUGACUCUGUGGAGGGACUCUUCAACGACUCGCUGCCCGAAGGAGGGUUUUUCACACCUAACCCUCAGAUCCUGACACCUGCUUAA